UCUUUUCCGCAGGAUGGGGUUUGUUAAAGUUGUCAAGAACAAGGCCUACUUCAAGAAAUACCAAGUGAAACUUAGAAGACGACGACGAGAGGGCAAAACUGAUUAUUAUGCUCGAAAACGCUUGGCAAUCCAAGAUAGAAAUAAGUACAAUACACCCAAAUACAGGAUGAUAGUUCGUGUAACCAACAGGGAUAUCAUCUGCCAGAUUGCUUAUGCCCAUAUAGAAGGGGAUAUGACUGUCUGUGCAGCUUAUGCUCACGAACUUCUUAAGUAUGGUGUGAAAGUUGGCCUGACCAAUUAUGCUGCAGCAUAUUGUACUGGCCUGCUGCUGGCCUGCAGGCUUCUUAAUAGGUUUGGCAUGGACUAUGAAGGCCAAGUGGAGGUAACUGGAGAUGAACACAAUGUGGAAAGCAUUGACAGUCAACCUGGUGCCUUCACCUGCUAUCUGGAUGCUGGCCUUGCCAGGACUACCACUGGAAAUAAAGUGUUUGGGGCUCUGAAGGGGGCUGUGGACGGAGGCUUGUCUAUCCCUCAUACUACCAAGCGAUUCCCCGGUUAUGAUUCAGAAAGCAAGGAAUUCAAUGCAGAGGUGCAUCGAAAACACAUCCUGGGUCAGAACGUCGCAGAAUAAAUGCGCUAUCUAAUGGAAGAGGAUGAAGAUGCUUACAAGAAACAAUUUUCGACUCACUCACUGUCUCUCUCACUCACUGACUCACUCUCACCCUCUCACUACAAGAAAGCACAUGCCACUAUACGAGAGAAUCCGGUCUAUGAGAAGAAGCCUAAGAGAGAUGUGAAAAAGAGGUGGAAUCGUCCCAAAAUGUCUCUUGCCCAGAAGAAAGAUCGGGUAGUUCAUAAGGCAAGCUUCCUCAGAGCUCAAGAACAGGUUGCGGAAAGCUAA